UUGGCAGGUAGCAUGUCCAUACGGGAUGUUCAUUUUGUUUUUAAAAAAUUUGCUUAUUGAGUUGAGAAACUUUAAGUUUUAAAGACUGAUUUCAGAAACUCUUUUUGCUUGAGUGAAGUUAAGUUUAAAACGUGCUCCUGUAUAAGUGAAGUUAGAAAGUAUUCCUGCUUUAGUAAAAAAAAGAGUAGACAUUGAAGAAAAAAAAAGAAAAAAUUGUUUUAAAACAAUUUUAUUUUGUGACGAGACAUUGCUGAAGAGUUUACCAGGACGCUAAUUUUUUCUAAUUUGCUGUUGGAAGAGACUAUCAGCAUCUAGUAGAGAAAAGUUUGAAGUGCAAUCUGUUUAAUACAUAUAAAGUCUAAUCGCAACGAACUAAGCUGUGUGUUCCGUGCUGUAAAACAUUUCAGAACUUGUUUAAUCUCAAGGUCAGUGCAUUUGAUCUUAAUCUUCUCCGGAAUACAUUGGUGAAGGUGUUCAAAAUGACUGCAUCUGCACAUGGUUUCCCGCCAAUGCCUGGCGUACCAAAAGGCGCGGCACGGCAUCUGGACUGCGUUAAGAAACUGCGGCUCAAGGCCAGAAGAUUCCGGAAGCGGUUGUCGAUUCUUCUGCAUACCCAUGUCGUCCUCAUUUUGGUGAGCACCUUAGCGGCACUGGACGCCUCGUGUGUUAUCGGACAAAUCAUCUGUGAUAUCCUUAUCAUGAAAGAGGAACUGCACGAAUGGCACGAACUAGACGCCAACCUGACGAAAGUGCUCAUAGUGGAAAUACCCCGCCUCAACUCGAGCCACUACGACUACAUGAAUUUGGAAAAGAUCUACGAGAUCCUCACGGAAGGAAACCAUGGCAGCUUCACUGGACUCGGGAGUCACAGCAUCGUGGGCCAUUCUCUUCCUGUCGACCUCGGCCGAUCUCAGCACGGCGCUAACGACCAGGACGCGACGAGGAGGAGAGAAAACAGAACCAAGUUUGGAGACUCUGCGAACAGGUUCCUCAGAGGUAGACAGAAAAGAUCUGCUGGUUCGGACUCUCACGGGAAAGCGGAGGAACACUCUUUGCUGGAGGAACUCACACACGCCUUCCAUCUGGGCAGUAUGGCCAUCCUGUCUGCUCUGUUGCUAGAGACAAUAUUGAAAUCAUUUGCAAUGGGAAGAAAGAUUCUGCACCACAAACUCGAGUGUUUUGACUGUUUCGUCGUUGCUGUGUCAUGGUCCCUGGAUGUUGCCUUCUGGGAAGGAAUCUGGGCGAAACCUGGAACGGAAGCUGCCACCAUUUUGAUUUUCAUUCUUCCCUGGCGAGUGGUCAGGAUAGUGAAUAGUUUUGUCCUCGUCAUACAACAGAAAGACCAUGUCCAACUGAAGAUCAUUAAACAGAGAUUGAGGGGCUCGGUAAAGAAGACGAGAGAACUUGCUGAAAAGUCAAAUUCAUACAAGUUGGAAACUAAGCAUCUUCAGGGAGUUUGUAGAAAACACGGCGCUACAGAAAAAGAGAUCCACGCCUGUGGUCCCGGAGAUUACUGGUCAAAGAAAAAGAGAACUUCCAUAAUAGGAAAACGAAGAAAGAGCAGCAUCUUGCCAGGACUAGAGAGCUUUGCGUCAUUGGCGUUGGCCAGCGCACUGGGAAGUCACCCUAGUCUAGCAAUGGACUCGUCGUCAUCAGACGAAGAACACGAACGCCCGUCAAUUUCCAAGCAGGUUAGCUUGGAUCCGUCAUUACUUACCUUGUCGACCGGAAGUCUGUCUUCUGACGUCACGUUCGUGAUCCCCUCAUGCGAUGACGUGUCCAGUGGGCACGACAACCCCGUGUUCGAGGACGACAUGUCGUUGCCUACGUACGAAGAGGUCACCAUGCCCCAAGACGAGGACCUGUACACCCAUCUGUAAGAUGCGGAUCUUGCGUUUGAAAUAACGAUCGCUUGAAUGGCACCUUCACUCCCUAGAGUCUACGAACUGUGAUAUCAUACUUUCAUGUGAUCUAGGGUCAGCUGCAUAAUACAACGUGUGUUAAUAAGAGUUUAUGUAUGUUACAAGGCAUUCUGUUGGACGGUGUGUGUUCUGUACUCUUACAAAACAUCUCAUUGGACAAUUGCGUGUAUAGUGUAUAUAUAAUAUUGCAAGACAUUUCACUGACUUAGUGUGCGCGUAUGUAUGUAUAUCACACAUAACACACAUCAUUAUACAGGACAGCGUUGUGUAUAUAUAAUGUUACAAAACAAUUCACAGAACAAGUAUGUAUGUGUGUGUGUGUGUGUGUGUGUGUGUGUGUGUGUGUGUGUGUGUGUGUGUGUGUGUGUGUACAUACACAUCAUAAAAAUUACACAGGCCAAUGUGUGUAUAUAUAAUGUUACAAAACAUUUCAUUGGACAAGAAAGUAGUUAUAUAUUGUUAGAAGAUAUUUCAUUGGACAAUGAGUGUUUAUAUAUUGUUAGAAGACAUUUCAUUGGACAAUGAGUAUUUUUGUCCAUUUACUCCGUAGCAUUAUUGAUUAGUUACUAACACCAAGGCAGAUCACAUAAACAAUGUUAAUAUGCGUUAACAGUUCUAAUUUGAAACAAUGGAUUGAGAACGCUGCCGUGGUUAGUCUAAACUCUUACCGUGACUCUGGAAUUCAGAUGCCUUCGUCGCUACAGAGGUGAUGACGUCAGAGUAUGAAGAUAUUGCGCCAACAGAUAGAGCUACUAGAGUUUAAAUAGUAAAUGAGUACUAGCUCGAGGAUGGAAAACUGAUAGACAAUGCUGCUCUGUGGCAGCUGUUCGAACUCCUUGUGGAUUGGUCAGCACUGACAUUGUGGGCGGAGUUGUGGGCGGAGUUAGGGUGUUAUUGAAGAAAACCUAUCAUUAACUCUUGACCUAAUUCAUAAAUAUUAAUGAGGCAGCCGAACACUGUACGAUCCAGCAACUAAUUGGACUUUUAUAAGAAGCGAACCCGUGAUGUGUUACGGAGAGUGUAUUUAUCAACUGUUGUCCGUGUAUGUUUGAUAAAAACAGAUUGCAUAUAUAGUGCUAUACAAAUAUAUAUCAAAUCAUAUUAAUAAAACCAAUGUCCUGUUGAUCUUUGUUCAAAGGAAGACUGUGUGAAUCCAUUUGUUCUUGCCAUAUUCUUAGAAUUCGAUGACGUAUGACUGAGCCAAAUAAUAUAAAUGCAGGUUCGCUGCAGAGAGAUUUACGAAAUCAAAGUUCCACGUACCGUACAUAUCUCAUUACAACCCGAUGAUCUUUCUGUUUCAAACUCUGAACCCUGCGAUUAUUCGAAAUCCUAAAUGCAAAUCGAAAGCCGGCUUUGAAUAUUUGGGACAUAAUUAGUGGAAUUUAUGAAAAUAGAUUUAUCUAUAAGUUAUGAGCUGGUAAUUAUGUAUAUGUUAAUAAUACUGAGCUCAGGCUGCCAACUACCUGUCAAGACUUCUACGACUGUUCAGUUGCUAGUCUGAGCGUUCUUACGACUUCUACGACGGCCGUCGUAUCCGAUUCAAAACACGAAUCGGACCCGAUAUUUGUUGCUAGUCUGAGCGCGCAUCACAACUCAAAGCGACGCCAAGUUGUUAGUCUGAACUCAAAGGUCGAGUUGGCCAACUUUCAGCAGGCAGUUGACAGUCUGCGCUUAGCAUAGGCGUGACAGUUGUUCAUAUUGAGUGGCAUUACCGCAGGUUGUUCUUUGCCAGCCAUAGUUUAUUUCAAACUAAUGUUUAGUACAAUGCUUGACUUCGAUUUCUAAUAUGUUAGAGAUAUGGCUGAUGCGGUUUCUAUUCAAGACCCAGCCUACAUUCAGGGAUUUACGGUAUUGUAAAAUACAGUAGAAUCUCGUUGGGUCGAACUCGGAAUGGUCGAAUACACCACAACACUCAAACCAAAAACGAAGUCCCGAGUUCCACUUACACAUUGGUGACCAAAUGGUUGGGUCGAACUACCCGAUGGGUCAAACACUUUCUCGAGCAUCAUCGGGGUUCGAGCCAACGGGAUUUAACUGUAUAUAUUGUAAAUAGGAUGUUACGACUUACCAAGGUUGGUCCUCAAUGGUUCUGUCGAAAUGUAAUGUUUAUAUUUCAGGUAUCCUUAUUCAUUACUCCAUUUCACUGUUUUGCUCAAUGUUUUUUUGUGCAGUGUAGUGUUGUAUUUUAUUGUUUUCGUUUUCAAUUAUGUUUAUAAACAUUGUGAUUAAUUUGCAGCAAAGAUAGCGAGCAAGACUUGUUUUCGUAGCCAAAUUUAUUUGUGUGUAAAAACAACUACAACUACAACGACGACAACGAAAAUGUUUAUAUAAUUACUGUAAUGUGUAAGCUGAAAGGUACAAGCAGGUGGAACCAAUGUUAAAAUACCUCAUUUGCAUAUGUUUCCUGGUGAAUGAAACGAGACCAAAAUGCAAAUCUCAUCAAAUGCAUUCAUGCUUUAAAUAUUAAACAACUUUAUACCACAUUUCUGAAGACCACAAAGUAUACGUCUGCAGGUAUUUUCCUGCUUAUAUUUGACUUAGGUUCAAGCUCGCUUUCUUGGGCACACACCACAGCCGCAUGAACUACCUAUCAAAAUCAUAAUUAUGUUAUAGGGUUAGUGGAAGAGUUAGUUUGUUUUGUUUAACGACACCACUAGAGCACACUGGUGUAUUAAUCAUCGUCUAUUGGAUGUCAGUAGUGUAAGAAAAGAGAUACAAACAAAUAUUCUGCCACGAGUCCAAAUUUGUCUUUGUGCCUUGUCCUACGUUGAGUCCAGAUGUGAAUUUGAAACUUGGUAUUUAUAGAAUCUACUGAUGUCUCAUUUUAACAGUUGACUCCAAAACUAAGUGUGCCAUAUUUAUAUUGAACAAUGUGUUUUAACAAAAUAUGCAAUAGAUGACGUGUAUUUGUGAUAUUUAAACGGAAGCGAUAGCUGUGAGUAAGUGAUACUGAUUCAAUCAUUGGUGAAUGAUUUAUGACAAGUAGUAAAAAAAAAAUGGUAAUGUUGUAAGUAUCAACUUCAUUAACACGUUGAAGGAUCGAUAUAUCAGUGGUUCAAGAUAACCAUAGUAGUUACUGGUGAACAUUAUAUCAUAUAACAAUAUUUGGAAUUCGAAAUAUUCGAGGCUGUCAACUUUACAGAAGUCGAGAUAACGACGUCUGACCAUUUGUUAUUCACAACUUACUUCUGACUAUAUUUUAGUUUCCAAAAAGUGCUACAUGUUUUAUACCUUAAAUAUUGUGAAAAGAAUAUUUAUAAAUUCAACAAUCUAUUAGCAUUGUAGGUUUAAGGUCAGUCGAAGUCGAAUUUGACAUAAAACCACGAAUUUCAGAAAAUAGUUCUUGAAAUAAUUCUUCUUUAUCAUUUACAUACUCAUGUUGCAUCAUAAUAAGUGCUUUGUUACUAUUGUGUCGACAAUGUUGUUUGUUAUUAGUUAACCACGACAAUGUGAACUCAGUGUAUGUAUAUGUAUGUAUUUCUGAGUGCCUUGUCAACUUCUAGGAUAUGAAAUUAUGUAUGAUUUUUAUUUAUUAAUCAUAUAUGAAAAUAAAC